GGGUAACGGAGUUUUGGGGGUCGUGAGGAAUGUUGCCGGUGAAGUAGGAUCUCCCGCCAUUUUUCAACCAGGCUUAUUUGUUGUUCUUAGCUAAUAUAUCCUGUAACAGAAGGUCGGAGGUGUUCUUAGCUCCUGAAGCACGGAAUACAGAGAGUGCUCGUCACCGCAGGGGAAGAAGAAGGCCGAGAGCAUUGUGGGACGGUUCAGAAAGCGCGCCAUACGCCCUCGGACGGACGCCUCUGUUUUUCCCGCGACUCGGAGCAGCCAGUCGUGCCCGCGUCCCGGCUUUCAGAAGUUUCCCUUCAGCGGCGAGAGCCGCCUCUCUCUCUUCGGACGGCUUAACGCCAACAAACCGGUCGCUGGCUAUGCUGCAGUCGGCUCCUGGGCUCAGUGUGUCGAGGCGAAGCGGCUUAUAACCCUCAAGUGUCUUGUUAUUGUUUUUCUCCUUUUCAAGCUGCUAGUCUCGCUAGCUUAGCCUAGCCUAGCCUAGCUCGAUGCUAGUCCUGCGUUGAAUGUCGGAGGGGCGAAACGUGGGGGUACAGGCGCUCUGCGGUCUCGCUGGAUUCCGGAGUUCAUGAUUGGGCUCGUGUUUUAACGCGGGAUUCAGUGCUACAAGGAGGUUUGAUUGCUAAUCCGUCGCCGUCUGCGAGUGAACGAUGGCACCGCUGCUGGGCCGGAAACCCUACCCGCUGGCGAAGCCGCUGGCCGAGCCGCCGGGCCCGGGAGAGCAGGUCUACAUCAUCGAGCAUACCAAGGAGGCCUUCAGGAACAAAGAAGAGUAUGAGGCACGACUGCAGAGAUACAGUGAGCGCAUCUGGACAUGCAAAAGUACUGGCAGCAGUCAGCUGACGCAUAAGGAGGCCUGGGAGGAGGAGCAGGAGGUCACUGAGCUGCUGCAGGAGGAAUACCCCAUAUGGUUUGAGAAGCCAGUUUUGGAGAUUGUGCACCACAACACAGUGUCCCUGGACAAACUGGUGGAUCUGGCUUGGGUGGAGAUUCUUACCAAGUACGCUGUGGGGGAGGAGUGCGACUUCCUGGUUGGUAAGGACAAACGUUUGCGGGUGAAGGUGGUGAAGAUUCACCCGCUGGAAAAGGCUCAGGAGGAGCAGGCAGAGAAGAAGUUGGAGGGAGCUUGUGAUUCCCCGUCCAGUGACAAGGAGAAUGCCAGCCAGGAGAAUCAGAAGAAGGAGCAGCCAAAAGAGGAGGACAACAAGAGAGACAGCCUGUUGAGUGAUCGGGCACGACGCUCACCCAGAAAGCUGCCGACCAGUAUGAAGGAGGAGAAGAAGAAGUGGGUGAUGCCUAAAUUUCUGCCUCACAAAUAUGACGUUAAACUCCUCAGUGAGGACAAGGUGAUCAGUGACGUUCCCGCUGACAGCCUGUUCAGAACAGAGAGACCCCCUAAUAAAGAAAUCAUGCGCUACUUCAUCAGACACUGCGCUUUGAGGCUUGGCAUGGGAGAGAGCGCCCCCUGGGUGGUGGAGGAUGAAUUGGUGAAAAAAUUCAGCCUACCCAGCAAAUUCAGUGACUUCCUCUUAGAUCCACAUAAGUUUUUGGCAGAAAAUCCUUCAGCCAAGAGAAAGAGUCUCAGCUCUCCUGAGGGAAAACCCAACAAAAAGCUAAAAACUUCAGAGUCAGGACCGGAGACAGACGAGAAAGGAGAGAAGGACAAAAAGAAAAAGAAAAAGAGAGACUCUCAAAACAUGCCCCUGAGCCCAACCCUUUGGGCAAAUAUGCAGGUGAAGAAGGUGAACGGCUCUCCACUGAAAGUGAAAAACUCAAGCACUCCAAAGAAAUCAGAGAGCAAGAAGCUUCUUGACUCCAAGAAGAGUCGCAAAAGUGGUGGAAUCAAGACACCAGGCAGCCAGAAAGCCUCCAAGAAAGAUGAAAAAGGUGCUAAGAAGCCUAGAAUGAAGCAGAUGACUCUGCUUGACCUCGCAAAAAGUCCCUCAGCUAAAGAUAGCCCAAAAAAAAGGGCGAGGAGCUCAGGUCCCGGCACCCCGAAACUGGGAAAACCUCUGCCGCCCAUGGCCCUGCACCUCUUGCGCUUUUAUAAGGAGAACAAGGGCAAAGAAGACAAAAAGAAUGCUCUGUCUGCACUCGUGACCAGGGCAGCGAAGACCCUGUUGGCGGAGGACCGUGGGCGCCUCCCCGAGGAGCUGAAAGAAAUGGUUCAGAAGAGGUGGGAGCGGCUGGAGGAAAAGAGACGCUGGGCUCUCAUGAGUGAGGAGGAGAAGCAGGAAGUGAUGCGCAAGAAGCGGGAGGAGUUGAAGGAGAAGCUGCGUGAGAAGGCUAAAGAGCGGCGUGAGAAGGAGCUGCAGAUUCGGCGUGAGUUGCAGCGGCGUUACGAGGACCAGGAGAUUGAGGGGAAGAGCCUACCCGCCUUCCGAUUGGUCGACAUGCCUGAGGGCCUGCCCAACACCCUGUUCGGCGACAUAGCCAUGGUGGCGGACUUCCUCAGCUGCUUUUCUGACCUCCUGAUGCCAGACGACCAGUACCCAAUCACAGCCCAGGCCCUGACUGAGGCGCUGGCUGCAGACAAGGGUGGCUUCCUGUACCUGAACCGCGUGCUGGUGGUGCUUCUUCAGACGCUGCUGCAGGAUGAGCUGGCGGAGGCCUACAGUGAGCUUGACAUGCCGCUUUCUGAGAUUCCGCUGACCAUGCACUCUGUGUCCGAGCUGGUGCGCCUUUGCCUGCGGCCUUCGGAUUCACAAUGUGACGAGAGCACCCGCAGCUCGGAUGAGUGGACUGGUGGAAGCAGUUUUGAUGAUGUGGUCAGUGGCGAGUUACUGGACCGUCUGGAGACGGCUGAGGUGUUCGAACUCCCCCCUCCAGAAAAGGUGAGCCUGUUGGUGGCGCUGUGCCACCGCAUACUUAUGACAUACUCUAUUGAGGAUCACGUGGAAGCUAUGCAGCAGCGGGCAGCUGGGCUGUGGAGGGAGCGGCUUGCCACGCUCAAGGAGGCCAACAUCCGCCGGAAGGCCGAGAAGCAAAAGCGCAAGGAGCAGAUGUUAGCUGCAGGAGGCGCUACUGCUAAGGCAGAGGACGGUGGUGGGAAAGCAGAGAAGAAGAAGGAGGGGAGCACCAAGAAGGAGCCUGUGAAGGCCAAGAUGGAGCCGGAGGACAUGAUCAGCACCGUGAAGAGUCGCAGGCUGAUGUCUAUCCAGGCCAAGAAGGAGAAGGAAGAGCAGGAGCGACAGAAUAAAGAGCGAAUGGAGAAGGAGGCUGAGGAGGAGCGGAUCCGGAGACAGAGGGUUGCAGCAGAGCGAGCAUUCCAGGACGGCAUCGCUAAAGCCAAGCUUGUUAUGAGGAGAACGCCACUAGGCACAGAUCGCAAUCACAACCGAUAUUGGCUGUUCUCUGAUGUGGUUCCUGGGCUGUAUAUAGAGAAAGGAUGGGUACAUGAGAGCAUCGACUACAGCUUCACUCUUCCUCCUCAGACUGAGCCAACACAAGGGCAGGAGGAAGAGGAGGAUGAGGAAGAGAUUAAGAAAGAAGAGGAGGUAGAGGAUGUGGAAAAAGAUGAUGAGGGAAGCAUUGGCAGCACCACAAAUGAGAGUGGUCAGCAGGGGGCGCCAGCUCCUGAGACUUGCAUAGAGACCACUGUGCCAAAACAGGGCCAAAACCUCUGGUUUGUGUGCGACUCACCUAAAGAUUUAGAUGAGCUAAUAGAAAGUCUUCAUUCACAAGGUGUGCGAGAGAGUGAACUGAAACUCAAUCUGGAAGUCAAAUACCAGGACAUCAUGCAUUCCGUCCACUUGAGCAAGAAAGGCAACUUGGGCCUACGCACCUGCGACGGCAACGAGGAGCUCCUCAAAUAUCUGCGCAGCGACAUCAUUGAAGUGUCCUCUCGCCUGGAGAAGGGUGGACUGGGCUUCAUGGAGGAUACAGUAGAGUUUGAGGAGCGGGUGCGAGGCCUGGAGAAGCUGAAGGAUUUUGGCGAGUGUGUGAUCACAUUGCAGUCGAGUGUGAUUAAGAAGUUCCUGCAGGGCUUCAUGGCUCCCAAACAGAAGAAGAAGAAGAAGCAGGGAGGAGAAGAGAGUGGGAAGGCUGAGGAAGUGGAUGAAGAGAAGAAACUGGCAGAGGAGGCUAGGGUGGCGACAGCAGUGGAGAAGUGGAAAGCUGCCAUACGGGAGGCGCAGACCUUCUCCCGCAUGCACGUCCUCCUUGGCAUGCUCGAUGCCUGUAUCAAGUGGGACAUGUCGGCAGAGAAUGCUCGCUGCAAGGUGUGCCGCAAGAAAGUAGGCGAAGAUGAUAAACUGAUUCUAUGCGAUGAGUGCAAUAAGGCCUUCCAUCUCUUCUGCUUGAGGCCGGCGCUCUAUCGCGUACCUGAGGGAGAAUGGCUCUGCCCAGCCUGCCAGCCAACUAUCGCCCGCCGGUCUUCCCGUGGCAGAAAUUAUAAAGAAGACACUGAGGAGGAUGAAGAAGAGGAAGAAGAUGAGGAUGAAUCAGAAGAAGAAGACUCUGAGGAAGAGGAACACCGGGAUACAGGGCACAGCUUGAGACCGAGGAAGAAGUUGAAGUCCAAAGUCCAGAACAAGUCAGCGUCCAAGAAAAGCUCUCCUCAGAGUGCCAAACCUACGUCUAAAUCAGUAGCUAAAACUGCCCCAAAACCAGCACCUAAAACUGCUCCCAAAUCACGGUCAGCUCCAAGCAACCCUGCAGAUAUCGAAGAACUGGUGCGUCAGAGCUCCAGAUCAGGACCGAACAAACAAGCACAGGAGCUUGAGAAGUGUGAAGAGAUCCUUCAGAAACUGAUGAAGUUCCGUUACAGCUGGCCGUUCAGGGAGCCAGUGUCUGCAGAGGAGGCCGAAGACUAUCAUGACAUAAUCAGCACUCCCAUGGACUUCAGCACCAUGCAGAGCAAGUUCAAGUCCUCGCAGUAUCGUAGCACGCAUGACUUCAUCGAGGAUAUCAAGCUGGUGUUCUCGAAUGCCGAGGAGUACAACCAGCCAGGCAGCAGCGUACUGCAGUUCAUGAACCGGACGGAGCAGACCUUCACCGAGCUGCUGCACAAGAUUCUGCCAGGGGCCAGCUACAUGCGCCGCAGAGCCCGCAAACGCACAGCCACACACCAAGAGAGGGAUGACGAGGAGGAUGAGGAUGACGACGAUGAGGAAGACGAUAAAGGAGGGAGGAAGAUGCAGAACGGUAAGCAGGGCAAAGCAGUGUCAAAAGGCCAGGACGAGAGCAGCAGCGGCCGGUCGGCGAAGCACAGCAGCAGAACGCGCAAACGGCUGGAGAGCGAGAGCGAAGAUGAGGAUGAAGAGACGAGCAAGAGGAAGAGCAAGCGGACAGGGGCCACGUUGAACCGCAAGGAUUACCGGGAAGAGGACAGCGACAGUGAGAGGGAAAACAGGAGAACUGGCUUGAGGCGUUCAGGGAGGAGGGUGGUGGACGACGCAGAGGUCAGCAGCGACGAGGACUCGGCCGGCCAGCGACAUUCCAAGAGGCAAAAACGUUCACGAUAAAGUGCAAAGUGCAGGGUGCUUUUUGUGUUUUUCGUACAACAGAUUCUUACUCCCUCUUCUCUCCUACCUCCCUUGAUUCCAAAAGGCAAAAUGGACCCUCAUUACAUCUUUUGAGUAUCAGAAUGCCCUCCCCCCCAGUCGUCUUGUGUAGUGUUUGUUUUUUCCCCCUCCUGGUAUAUCACACCUUUUUUGAUGUUUUAUGUUCAUAUUGACAAAAACAAAAGAAAACUGAUUUAUAUUUGUAAGUCGUUUAUAACUGGUGACUGUUUGUUUGUUUGUUUUUUUUAGCCAGGAAAUUUAUGAUCUCUGAUGAGAUGAUGUCUCUGAGCGCUUAAGAUGUUUUCAUUUAAAAUUUGACCUUAAAACACUUUCAUGGAGAGAAAAAAAAAGCUUUUGGCGUUCGGUGCACGUCACCACCUGUCUGUGUCUCAUUUUGUAGAUAUCAGAAUGUCAGGCAGGGCGGCUAAUUAAACAGUCAGCAGUGACUGAAUAUUCUGGAGCAAUCUGGAUGAUCUUUUUUUUUUUUUUUUUUAAAGAUGCUCUAGAAUUGAAACUCCAGCUGUCUUUGUGGUGCACCGAUACUACUUUGUACUAUCAUGGAGAACCAGCACCAAAAUAUUUUUCUUUUGUGAUCUUGUGAUUUUCACUUUUCAGAGUACAAAUAUGAAUGAAUAAAGCAUUUUUGAUCCAGCUGAAA